CUUUCGAAGCGACGGCAGGGCAGAGAUAAGAGCCGUAAAGCGGUUUGUUUUGGAUUGGAGGAGGUCAUUAGUAAGUGAGGGGACUCUACGGGCCUGUUCUCUGGGCACAGUGACACUUGGUAGCAUUGUAAUUCUGAUGACUGUGUAGGACGAAUACAUCAUUAAACAUCUCUGUAUAGUAUUUCAACCACCGUGAAAUGCUUCGUCUCAUCCUCCGGCUCAGGCCGUCUGCCGGGCUACCUUGUCCCCGUGCCCUCCCGAGCGGGCCUGCUGCUCGCUGCUCUCGCUCCAUACCCGGCACCGGUUGUCUGAGGCGGCUUCACUGCGGAACAGGAUACCGGGCCGUGUGCUUGGGUUCCGGCUUCAGCCACAGAGCGCCCCUGCUGCGAUGUCACCAGUUGGCGGGCAGCUGUCAAAGCAAGCGUUUCUACAGUCUGCCGCCGCACCAGAAGGUGGAGCUCCCUGCUCUGUCACCCACCAUGCAGACAGGAACGAUUGCUCGCUGGGAGAAGAAGGAGGGAGAGAAAAUCAGUGAGGGUGACCUUAUAGCUGAGGUGGAGACUGACAAAGCUACUGUAGGUUUUGAGAUGAUGGAGGAGUGCUACUUGGCAAAGAUCCUGGUUCCUGAAGGGACCAGAGAUGUCCCUGUCGGAUCAUUAAUCUGCAUCACAGUUGACAACCCAGACCUCAUCCCAGCCUUUAAAAGUGUAACGCUGGACUCUGUUAAAGCAGCCGGUGCUGCUCCUUCACCAGCCGCCUCAGCUGCUGCUCCUCCUGCUGCUGCUCCUCCUGCUGCUGCUCCUCUUGCAGCCCCAGGCAGCUCAUACCCCACACACAUGAAGAUUACACUUCCCGCUCUCUCCCCCACGAUGACGAUGGGAACAGUGCAGCGCUGGGAGAAGAAGGUCGGAGAGAAGCUGAGUGAAGGAGAUCUGCUGGCUGAGAUCGAGACUGACAAGGCAACCAUCGGCUUUGAGGUGCAGGAGGAAGGAUAUUUGGCCAAAAUCCUAGUGGCGGAGGGAACUCGGAAUGUCCCACUGGGAACGCCGCUUGGCAUCAUUGUAGAGAAAGAAAGCGAUAUCGAUGCCUUCAAGGAUUAUGUAGAGACUGGCGUGGCAGAGAUUUCCACACCUCCUCCAGCUCCAGUACCAGCACCGUAUUUUGUGUGUUUUAGUGUUUUUAUUAUUAUUAUUCCCAGGAAGGGGCGUGUGUUCACCAGCCCGCUUGCCAAAAAACUAGCCACUGAAAAAGGAAUUGAUCUGGCUCAGGUUAGCGGUUCUGGUCCUGAUGGACGCAUCACCAGGAAAGAUAUUGAGAGCUUUGUUCCACCGAAAGCUGCACCUGCUGUAGCUGCUGCUCCCUCUCCAGCUGCUGCUCCCUCUCCAGCUGCUCCUUCACCUGCUGCAGCACCAGCUGGGACCUUCACAGACAUCCCUCUCAGCAACAUCCGCAAGGUCAUUGCUCAGAGGUUGUUGCAGUCCAAGCAAACCAUCCCCCACUAUUAUCUGUCUGUAGAUGUCAACAUGGACCAAGUGCUCGAGCUUCGGAAAGAACUCAAUGCUGAAGUGAAAGCUCAGAAUAUCAAACUUAGUGUGAAUGAUUUCCUCAUCAAAGCCAGCGCUCUGGCCUGCCUCAAGGUUCCUGAGUGCAACUCGUCCUGGAUGGACACAGUCAUCCGCCAGAAUCAUGUGGUUGAUGUCAGUGUAGCAGUGAGCACGGCCAGUGGUCUGAUCACACCCAUAGUGUUUAAUGCCCACGUCAAAGGGCUGGCUGCCAUCAGCGCCGAUGUGUCGGCUCUUGCUGCCAAAGCAAGAGAAGGCAAACUGCAGCCCCAUGAGUUCCAGGGAGGUACAUUUACCAUCUCAAAUUUGGGGAUGUUUGGCAUCAAGAACUUUUCAGCAAUCAUCAACCCUCCCCAGGCCUGUAUCCUUGCUGUCGGAGGCUCAGAGAAACGGUUGUUGCCUGCUGAUAAUGAGAAGGGGUUUGAUGUAGCCAGCAUGAUGUCGGUGACACUCAGCUGCGACCACCGGGUGGUAGACGGGGCGGUCGGAGCGCAGUGGCUCGCAGAGUUCCGCAAGUUCCUGGAGAAACCUGUCACCAUGCUGUUGUGAUCAGACUCCACUGCCAUUAAAACUACAGCAACAGGCUUAGGGCUCUCGCUGAAGUGAUCUGAUCAUUCUAAACUGGCGUGGCUCCCACUAUGAUUGGCUGGCCAGCCAUCAGGUCACUCCCAGUUAGCCUGAAGAAGAAGAGACGGAGAUCGCUCACUCCACUUACCUGUGUCUCGCUGUCUCUCCCACCUGUCUUCCUCUCUUCUCACACUCUCUCUUACUCAUUCUGUUUAUUGAGGCCCCAUCUCAUGAGAGACCAGAAUUAGGUAUAAUUUAUCCUAAAAUAGAGACUGCCCAUAUGUCGCUAAGACACUGAUAAUGUUUUACAAAGGGAAGUGUUACAUGUCCAACCAGCAAGCAUAUUGAUCCCAAAACUGAGGUGUGUGUGUGUGUUUCUACACACUUUUUUGUAAUUUUGUGUGAAUGUGAUAAAGACAGUGGGAAGUGCAGCUAUCCGUGGAUUCAAGUUUUUUGAAUAAGUGGUUCUAAUUUUUGUCUGCUUGCAGACAUGAUGGAGCUAAAUGUAAGUUCAUUUUGAAACUCACA